AUAGAAAAACGCGCUUGGCGUGCGUCCAAGCACCUGCGCUAUGGAGUCAAACAUACAAUUUUAAUCUUUGACCGCUUCACGCGCACGUUGGCUCAUGGGUGCCACGACUCGCGCUCUCUCUUUCGUCUGGCGCUGUUGCUGGCAUAGUGUUUUCCAUUCUCACAUUCUACAAUAUCCUCUGUGGAUAGCAAGCAUUAAACCAUUCGAGCGCUAAUGAACCAAUCGCUCCAAGAUUUCGACGCGGUCGACAAGGUCGAGAGCGGCUACGGCGGUCUACCGGAAAGUCCAAAGACUACCGCGUUUGUCCCCACCGAGCGUACGGGAAUGUCCCGCUUCGCCGUGCAGAGCGUGCAUCUACGCGAGUGCUUCGCCGAGUUCCUCGGCACCUUCGUCAUGAUCGUCUUCGGUAUGGGC